AUGGCGACGGACGUCUACAACGGAGGAAGCGUGUUUUUAGAAAAACUCUUUUCACCGUCCGACUCAAGAGAACGGGACAGUCAACCGUCCUCAGAUUUCUUCGAGGGUCUGCUGGGAGCCGACCCUGUCGAUGUUCUGUCCGGUGUGGGCGGACAGGUGGCUGGGACACAGGCGCAGCAGGGACGCAGCUUUCGAGACGAUCUGAUCAGCGCCGCCGAGAGUGGCAUCGCUUUUGCCAACAGCGCCAACUAUUCGGCGGCGAUACAAAAUAACGCGACAAUCGCCUCCUCUUCCGCUGCUGCCGCCGCCGCAGCAGCCGCCCGGAACUUAACACCGAUCAUUGGAGAUCCCUUGUUCGUUUACAACGACACUUUUUGGCUGUGCGAUUGGAAUGACAGCCUCUGUUGGAAUAGCACAGACGCAAACGAAACCGUACCCACCGAGGCGAUUUUAAAGUAUUGGAAACUCAUACUGACUUUAUUCCCGCUGUUCACGGUUUUCGGCAAUGUAUUGGUGGUUCUAAGCGUUUAUCUAUUAUUAUUAUUAUUGUCAUUUCUUCUUCUUCUUCUUCUUCUUCUUCUUCCUCCUCCUCCUCCUCCUCCUCUUCCUCUUCCUCCUCGUUGUUGUUGUUGUUGUUGUUGUUCUUCUUCUUCUUCUUCUUCUUCUUCUUCUUCUUCUUCUUCAUUCAUCCCACUUAUUAAUAUUUCUUCUUUUUUACCAGUAUUAUUAAUAUUUUUGUUAUUUCUUCCUUUUUUCUUCUCCUACGUCAUUCACAUCUGUUCUUCUUCUUCUUCUUCUUCUUCUUCUUCUUCUUCUUCUUCUUCUUCUUCUUCUUCUUCUUUAAAACGAUUGAGUAAAAUAUUUUUUCUAUCUAUCUAUCUAUCUAUCUAUCUAUCUAUCUAUCUAUCUAUCUAUCUAUCUAUCAUAGUUUUCAUUCAAAUAUCUUUCUUUCUUUCUUUCUUUCUUUCUUUCUUUCUUUCUUUCUUUCAUUCAUUCUUUCUCCCAGCUUUCUUUCUUUCUAGUGUGAAUUUUUGUUCUUUUAUUAUUUCUCCUUCCUCAUUUUUGUGUUUCAUUUAUUUAUUCUUUCUUUCUUUUUGCUUUCUUUCUUUCUUUCUUUCUUUCUUUCUUUCUUUCUUUCUUUCUUUCUUUCUACUGUCACUUUUUCGUUCUUUCAUUGUUUCUCCUUUCUCUUUUUUUCUAUUUUAUUUAUUACUUCUUUCUUUCUUUCUUUCUUUCUUUCUUUCUUUCUUUCUUUCCACGUACCUUUCCUUUUAUUCUUUCUUUUCCUUUUAUUUACUCCACUUCCUUUCAUUUUAUUCGCUUAUUUCUUUACUUUUAUUUUCUCUAUCUCCUCUUCUUUUAUUCUAUUCCCGCCUUCUCUCUAGUUCCAUUCCCUUUAUUCUCGUCUUUCCCUUUCUUUUAUUACCUCUACUCCUUUUCCUUUCAUUCUAUUCCUUUCUUUACUUUUAUUCUCUUAGUUACAUCUGUUUUAAUUCUAUUCUUUCCUUUUCUGUUUUAUCCCUCUAG